AGGAACAACAGGGACCCCAAUGCCUUUGAGAGAUUUCUUUUUAACUCAAUGUUGGUUUAGCUAUCCCUUAGCACCAGAGCAUCCUUACCCAGCUCAACAGCUCAGCUGCUACGCUGCCGUCUCGCACUUUUUGAAGAACGCGCAGGACUACGGGGUGGACCCAGAACGGAUCGUGCUGGGUGGAGACAGCAGUGGAGGUGCCAUCGUGGCCGCCGUUUCUCAAGAGCUGGUGUCACGGAAGGACCUGCCACGGGUCAAGGCCCACGUGCUCCUCUACCCUUACAGCCAAACUCUGGAUUUCAACCUGCCUUCUCACCAGCAAAACCACUCGGUGCCCCUGUUGUUCAAGAGAUACGCCGUCAGUUUCACCGUGCGUUAUCUCAACGGAAGUGACAGCGACGUGGAUGGCAUUAUGGCCAACGCCCACUUGUCCCAGGAGGUCAGGGCCAAGUACCAGAAGUGGGUUAGCCCGGACCACAUUCCCCAGGAGUUUAAAGUCCGGGGUUACGUGCCGUUUGUACCCAGUCUGUUUUCAGAAGACCUCUUCAGAUUAUUCGAGAGAACAUUGGAACCCAGGUUUUCUCCACUCCUGGCCGAAGAUGCCGUCCUCCGGCAGUUUCCAGAGACUUUCCUUCUGACUUGCGAAUACGACAUUUUCCGAGAUGACGGCCUGCUCUACAAAAGGCGGCUGGAAGAGAACGGGGUGGCGGUCACUUGGCAUCACCUGGGGGAUGGAUUCCACGGGAUCUCCUUACUGAUAGGCCUUGGGCCAAUGGAGUUCCCCGGGACGAGGAGGAGUCUCCAAAGGGUCCUUCAGUUCCUAGAACGGUUCUAAAAGUCUUUACUUUUAUUUCCAUCGGCCUUCUAUGAUGUUAUGGUUCGCGAAGUCCCCUGUUGGCCAACUUGCAAAUCUGUCGCAGUCUUUCUCUGCUUUCUCUUGCAAUCUCCUGGAUUUGGUAAUUUCAUCCCUCGGGCAUGUUGUAAAAUGGGUUGCAUAGGUGUGGCAAAACUUAACACCUACACAUUCUGAUCUCUCCUCUCUGGAGAAAAGGCCACCCUUCCCUCUACAUAAUCCGUCCAGCUUGAGAUCUUCCUGAAGAUUGGAUGAAGUCUCUAUGGGGUCUAGGCCAGCAAAAUACUGGAGGUCUUAGCUGUCCUUUUGGGGAGCCAGGCGUAUUUUUGGGGGGUUGCUCAAUAAAAAUAAACCCACUU